AUGCCCAACAAAAUCUCGAAGAAUGACCAGGUGCUGGAGCUGACUCCCGCAGGCAACAGGACUGUCGUCGCCGAAGACAUCGAGGAUCUGGAUACGCUUACCACCCUCAGCCUCUUCCUCAUAGGCACCUUCCUGUCGCUCAUCAUCUUCCUGUCGAUCGCGGGCAACAUCCUGGUGUGCGUGGCCAUCUACACGGACCGCGGGCUGCGGCGCAUCGGCAACCUGUUCCUCGCGUCGCUCGCCAUCGCCGACCUGUUCGUGGCCACGCUCGUCAUGACCUUCGCCGUGGUCAACGACCUGCUGGGCUACUGGUGCUUCGGCGCGCAGUUCUGCGACACGUGGAUCGCCUUCGACGUCAUGUGCUCGACGGCUUCCAUCCUCAACCUGUGCGCCAUCUCGCUCGACCGCUACAUCCACAUCAAGGACCCGCUCAGGUACGGCCGCUGGGUGACGCGGCGGGUGGCAGUCGGCUCCAUCGCCGGCGUGUGGCUGCUGGCGGCGCUCAUCUCCUUCCUGCCCAUCUCGCUGGGGCUGCACCGGCCGCCGCAGCCCGUCGUCUACCAGUCCGGCUCGGUGGCCUACCCCACGUGCGCGCUCGACCUCGCGCCCACCUACGCCGUGGUCAGCUCCUGCAUCAGCUUCUACUUCCCCACGCUGGUCAUGCUGGGCAUCUACUGCCGCCUCUACCUGUACGCGCAGAAGCACGUCAAGAGCAUCCGCGCCGUGACGCGGCCGCUCGCCGCCUGCAGCGCCACCACCGACUUCGGCGCCACGCUCGACUCGGCCGCUGGGCCCCCGGGUCGCCAGAGGCUGCAGGUGCACGCGCCGCACUCGACGCCGUACCACGUGUCCGACCACAAGGCGGCCAUCACGGUGGGCGUGAUCAUGGGCGUGUUCCUGGUGUGCUGGGUUCCCUUUUUCUGCGUCAACAUCGUGGCGGCGUUCUGCAAGACCUGCAUCCCGGGCAUCGCGUUCAAGGUGCUCACCUGGCUGGGCUACUCCAACUCCGCCUUCAACCCUAUCAUCUACUCCAUCUUCAACACGGAGUUCCGCGAGGCGUUCCGCCGCAUCCUCACGGCGCACUACCCGCCCUGCUGCUGCGACCGGGACUGCAGGUGCCGCGGGGCGGGGGGCCGGCCCCUGCGAGGUGCGCGCGGCGCCGGCAAGGCGCGGCUCGGCUCGGCGGGCGACAAGUCGCUGAUGGACGCCGCCGCCGCCGGCACGCCGCGUCACAACGGCUCGUGCACGCACCUGCGCGACUCCAGCAGCCCCAGGUCGUCGGCCGGCUCGGCGGGCACGCUGCGCCAGACGCGCGUCAACUCGGCGGACCGCGACGUGGUUGAGGGAGACAUCUCUACAUCCACACUUUGA